UUCCAUCUGAAAUGAUUGCUAAAAUAGUUUUAACAACUGUGAAAGAGGGACUUAUCAAAAUGUGAAGUUAAAAAAACUUCAAGUUAAAGUUUGCCAAUCUAUAAUUUCAAUAAUUGCUUACACAGAAAUAUAUUGUCAAAUUAUGUACAUACAUUGAUAUAUAGAUUAAUAAACAGAUUAUAAAAUAUAUACAAAUAUUUGUGUAUGUAUGUAUAACUAUAACUAUAACUAUAAUUCUUGGGCUGUGGCUUUAUUGCCUCUGCGACAGCAAAAGCAAUCUAAAAAGUUGUACGAAUUCGGUAGAUUAGAUGAUAUACAGGAAAUGUUUAAAGAGUGGUAAAAAGUAAGACUACAACUCAAUAAAUAUUACAUAUAUAUAAAUUAAGUACCAGUCGGGUAACCGUAAACAGUCGACGAGGUUUGUCACUCCAACAAUUUUCAGUUCACUCCACUCAUCCGCCAUAUUUCAUGAUACUAUCUGUACUCUACUCUUUGUACAAUUCCCUAUCUAUGUUGUGUAUUCGGGACCAUAAAGUUCGAUAUCGGCAUUUUAACAAGUAUGAAUGCAAGUACAGUUCUGGCGACUGAGUGUCUGGUCGACGAGCCACGAAACUGGCACUGAAACCCCAAAAGCCCUCAUGUGCAAAAGGUGAUGUCAACGGCGAGCCGAGCCGAUAAGCAGUCAUAUUUCGCACCUCGCGCUCUUUUUGCACUCGUAAAUUUGAGGACCUUUCGAAAAUGUUUACCCAUUCAAACCACAUGUGCCAAUCACCGGGGGUAAUUCAGCGUAAUUGCGACCCACCGUAUCACCUGAAGAUAAGAACUCGAGAUGGGAAGGUUGUGAAACAGCUAUCUCCGCCAACAGGGCUUCCAAACUCGAACAUUACUAAUGAGCUUCGCUUGAAACGAGAUAAAUUAAACACUGCACAACAUGAAUUGAAAACCUGCGCACUUGUUUACGAUAAUUUAAGCCAUAACAAACACGAUUUCCUGUGAAAAAGUAUUCCGAAAUCGAAGAAAUACGACCAGACAAAAUGGUGGACGUUAGAGUCAUUAUCAUUAGCUCAAACCCAGGAAACAAGUGGUCUUAAGGCUCAGGUAAGGGCAGGUAGAACCAGUGCAGGCCAAAAUGCAAUUAGGUUUUAGGAUCAUCCACAGUUUCAGUUCGAGUCUAGGGUCCCAGAAGAAGAUUAGAUAGAAUCGGUAGGCAGCUGCACAAUACAUGGACUGAUUGAUUUGGUUGGAAAACUAAGCCGGGGUGGUUUAGAGGCUUAUCAUAUUUCAAUUUUCGGCUUGAGGAACAAAACAAUCGCAGGAAAUGAGGGAGGGAUAAUGGAAAUCCCCGCAAAAAGCGCAAAUAAUGCAAACAAAUUAAAUGUCCUGCGAUGAAUCUCGUCCCUUUGCCCUCCAAAUCGAGAAAGAAAAGCCACCCCUAAAAGUGAAAAUUGUCGUGGAAAAACGGGGAGCCGCCUUAUCAGCUGCGAAAUUUAUCAAUGCCAGUUACAAGGGAAAGGGCCCCAAAAAAAAGUGCUCGUAAAAAAUGGUCGGGCAUGUCAUAUGCAAAUGAAAUGAAAAAUCUUUGAACAAAUUUUUAGGUCAUGGCAUGUCAUAAGUCGCAGGACUUAAUGCCAGAUUUAAUUAAAAGCAUUCCCUCACAUAACUUCAAGCUUUAUGCGGUGGGUAUGUAAUUAAAAAAAACUUUACUUACAUGGGUGUAACUAGCUGAAGAAUGUGUGACAACGGACCUACGUGGCUUCUCGACCAUUUAGUACCCUAUAAAAAUGCAUCAAUUAAGGUGAUUAACCACUAUUAAAAUGGUACAUUCUUUCUGAAAUACCAAAUUUUUCUGACAGUUUAUAAUGCAUAUUUCUAAAAGUUAAAGAUUAUAUUUCAAAGACUUCUUUAGAUCUGCGGACUAAAGGCUUCCUUACGUCUUCGCUAUCUUGCUAAACAAGCUAGUUGAUUAUACAGAAGGAUCCUACGUGUACCGUAUACCAAAAACUCACGUGCGAGGUGCUGUUCCCGUUUUCGUGUUUAUUUGCUGGCGCUCUUUGUUUUCACUUUUCUGGUCAUAUUUCCUAGCUCUUAGCCUGGGAAUUGUGGCAAUUGUUUGGUGUCCUGGGCGAGUCGCCUCACCCUGCCGGCUGGUUCACUGGCUUUUUCCCGUGGCCAGAAGCAUAUUUAGCCGCAUUACGUGAUACAAUAUAUGAGUGACAUGUUAUUCUAAUUUCGCACCCCUUUUCAUGUUCCUGGACACAUUUUUUCCGCUUCCUCCAGAGGGUGCGCUUGUCAAAAUAAACAUAUCCAUAUGGUGGUUAUGGCCCGGGGUUCUGUGUCGCAAUGUGACAAAGAGCAAAGAGGGAAAAAAGAAUGGCACAUUCGUUCGGGGAGAGAGUGUUUGGAGGUCUCGAAUGAGGUCACUUCUUCUCUGUUGAAUGCAGACUAAUUACGAGCCGAUGCAAAGACCCUCAAUGGUCUUUAAAACGCGGACGUCACUCUGAAGUGUUGACAAAGCGGCGGAAAUUGUUUGUCUUUCGAAGGUACUGGGUUUUUAAGAUGUAUACUAUAUAUAGGUACAUAUAUAGAUGACUAAGUGCCGCUCGAAGGACUCGGAAAUAUCCCACUUCUGUGGCACUUAUUGAUGGUCGAUGCGAGUUGUCAUCUUGGGUUUCUUUCUCAAUAGAUUUGCAUUGUGCCAUGCUUUUCAUCUGCCAACAAUGUCAACCUCUGUGCCAGCACAUAAAGUUUCGCCAAUGAAGUGCGGUUAAACAAAAGUUGGUCUUGUCAUUUAAUUAAAAAUAUUGUGUUAUAUUUGUUUCCUUACAAGCAGAGGCAGAAACAGCGUGUAGAUGUUGCAUCUACUUUGGGAAACUCAUGUUGCGGGAAUUUUUAUGGAAAACAGCAGGAGGAACCGUAUUCGACACCAAAUAAACUGAAAGGCAAAGCUAUCACAAAGUCAGCAGAAUUGCGACACGGAGAAAAAAUGUUUAAUAACGAAUUUAUAUUGAAUAAUUGUGAAAGUAACCAGCAGAGAAUCACCAAAUGUUAGUGAAUGAGGAGGAAUAGUGCCUCAUUGUUAUUGAAGAAGGGAAAAAGUUAAAGAUGUUGCUGGUGAAACUAAGGCACAUUUUUCUCUGUGUAACUCUGCUGCGUUGGCAGAAUGCAAUUUCGUUUGCAGCUUCGAACUCGAACCUACCCGCCUUCCGCCGAUUCGACAUGACAACAUGAAUAAUUCACUUGAACCCGCCACAAACACCAAAACAAGAACAACAACAACGAGAUGAAACUGAUUCUGCAACCCGAAAUGUUCGCAGAGUUCAAUGCACGCAACCGCAAAUCCAGAUUUUGACCAACUAAAGUAAAAAAGGGAGAUUCGCUGUAGAAUCUGGAAGAAGCAGAAGAGAUCUGGCUGCAGUUGCAGGAAAUCAUUCUGACCAUAAAGGCAUCUUGGCAACAAUGUAUCUCGCUCCGCAUUUAGCACACUGUACUUUCCGUGGGGGCGUUUCCUCAGGGAUUAAGGUCUAUUUGCAUAGAUGCGUGGGUGUUCCGUAGGUGGGGCACUGCAUUACAGCGAAGGACAUGGCUAGAGAUUCCAGUGAAGAAAUAGCAUUCAGGCCACUUGAGAAAAAGCGAUCUUUCCGUUCUUAACUUGUUCGGCUGAGUGGCUUAAAAUGCCGUUAAAACAAGCCUGGCCUGGCUCGCAAAUCUCACACCUCUCGCUGAACGGACGGACUUGGGGGCUCCUCCAUUUGCCCAUUUAGCAUUCCCGACGCUCCACACACCACCGGGGCUAUAAAAUAUCAGAAAUUAUCUGCCUCCACGCCUCGAAUCGCACUUAAUCACCUCGAGCAGAUGCCAAAGGAGUGAAGCGGCCGAAACGGAAGUCGGCAACAGUUUUUUAAAUGCAGUCAUUUAGCUGAAGUGCCAAAGUGCUGGCCAUGGGCAAUACCCGACUCUCUAGCUCUCUAGGCCCCCGAGAUUUGUGAUAUGGGCUGGCCACCACGCCCUGGCCAAAAGAACUCAAUUCUACCGGAUGAUUUUCUCCACUUGGGGAGCUUGGAACUGGCUUCGGUAAUUAUUUUGUGGCCAGUGGAGCGAGCGAUAAGACAGGCUGGCAAAGUAAACAAAGUUUUUGCAUUGUUUUUCCACAGCCCCUUUGCAUCUUCGCUUCUUCGGGCUCUCAUUACUUUUAUUUUCUUUUUUUUGAAGCAUUUUCUGGUUUCAGGUUUCGCGUGCCCAUGGGCUACAUUAAUUGAAAAAGUCGCUCGCUUUGGUUGGCAAGCAAAUGAAGUUGGUCUUGGCUUUGGAACUUACUUGACGACCACGGCCCCCUUCCCCUCCGUCCUCGCCUCACGCUUAACCCCCUACUGCCCACUCGUGCCGCUCGUCGUGCUUAACCCCCUUCGGACUUAUCGGUCAACAAAAUGCAGUCGCCGGUCUGCGAUAAACUGUGGCCAUGGCUGCCUUAAAGUAGAUCGAUCGCUUGAUUGGCGACGGAAAAGCGCCUGCCCCAUCUGCGGCUCGCCCCUUCUUUUGUCUGGCCGCUUUUCACUCGGAAAAAUAAGUUUACUGAUUGGGUCUCACAUGGAAGUUACUUUUAAAGAGUUUAGGAACUUUGUUAUCUCGUGUUAGGCGAUGUAAAUUUCAAGUCAUCUGGCUUUUUCUAUACUUUGCAACUACGAAAAGUUAACGCAAAUAAGUCUCUAACUUUGUUUUUAGCUUUUGAGUGUAUUAAAAGCAAGCAUAUGAUGUUGUCUGAUCAUUUCCGAUUCGCUUUUCUCUGUGCAAUUAUCUCGAGAGCUAAUCUAUUGGCUGCAAUUGCCGCAGAAAAAUAGAACAUGAAAAACGAGCAGUUACAAUGGCGACGACAUUGUCUGGGCAAGAUCACUCUGGUGAUCUGAGCGGGGGAGCAGGAGCAGGGAAGUGGACGGGCCCAACCAAAAGUAAUUUGUUACAACAGCCACAAGACCAAGUCACCAGCUUCGCUUUGUUCCGAUCCAGUGGUAUCCAAUCGGAUUCGAAUCAAUUCGAUCCGAUCCGAUCCGCUCAGCUCCGUUGCGAUCCAAGCGCCAAGACGACCAGCUCGAAGUCGACUGCAGCUGAAUGAGCAGCCGCUGCUAUUAUUUUAUUAUUAUCUACAAAAUGCACGUACUUUAUACCACUUACGAGUACGAGUCUGCAGCCACGGUAGUCGACGUCGUUGUCGAAGUCGUGUGGUUGCAGUUUCAGUUUUGGUUGUGGAGAGUGGUACAGUGGGUGGGAUUUUGAGAUGCAAAGAUUACUUAAACUAAGUGUGUGAAUUAGCAGAAAUCUCUGCAGCAACUGUUUAUUUCAUGAGUUCAUCAUUUCACACUUUAUUUAUCAGUUUCUUGGAAACUUUGUGUACUUUUUGCUAUUUAAUAGAAUGUUAUUUGUACAUGCCAUUUGUUUUCUCUUAUUUGGGAAAUGAAGUCAUAGUAUUUUAUUUCCUCGUCACUACGUGGAUUGCCUUUCAGCGAGGAUUAAACAUAAAGAGCACUUUGAAAUUGCAAACGCUUGAAAUGCAUCCACUAAAAAAUAUAGUUGCCAGCUUAUGUUUUUGUUCCACUGUGGUGGCUUUAAGCCACAAUCCGCUUUUGCCUCUGCUCUUGCCAGCUGUGUGUGAUCUUAUCUGAAGCCUUGUCCGCGUUCGCGCAACUUAAGUAGGUACUAAGUGCUGCAUAUAUCAUAGAUGGCCAUGCCCAUGCCCAUGCCCAUGCCAGUGCCCAGGCCCAAUCCCAAUCCCUGCCUCUCGCAUCCCGUCCCACUGCAUUCCCAUCCAGAUGUUGAACCCCAAGACCGGACUUUUUUGUUCUUUGUACCGAUGGCAAACGCUGGUUUGGAUGUAGUGUGCUGUGUGCGGCUUAUGACGUGCCAUGUCCAUGUGUGGACUCGGCUGAUUAAUGGCAAUUAUCAGCCGCACAGUUUCUAUUUCCACAUUCUGUGGCAUGGAUUGGAUUGAGCUGUCAAUGGAGCCGAGCGGAUGGCGGGGCACAUCUGCCAUUAAAUCCUGUGAAAUGCAACCAAGCGGCGAUGGUUGCAGCUCUGUGGCCAUUAGGUAAGCGACUUUAUGUAGGACUUGCGCACACUUGACGAGUGAGUGGAGACUAAUACCCAAAAACACCAACUGCAGCAGAUACACAGUUGUUAUCCGUGGCUUUUAAGAUUUAGCUUAGCCACUCAGAAGUGGCAAACACUUGACUCGCGAAAGUUGUGGCAGGAAGUCAUGUUUUGAGACACUGUUUCUCUCCGCUUUUCUAAAUUUAGGUCUUGUUUUCUGAGUGCGAAAAUAUCCUUGAGCUGAGUUGAAGCCAUUUUCUGUGCUUGGCUUUUGUUCUCGGAACUCAGACAAUGGCAGAUGCAAAUAUGCAAAUCUUGUAAUGAGGUGGUAAAAUACAAGUUCUCUCGCUCUGUCUCCCUCUUGCGGUUGCGUCCCUUUCUACCCUUAAACAGUGUUGUCCAAGUUAAUAUUUCUAAUAAUAUGUAGUUAGGUAAUAACUUUCAACUCUAAUCAAUUUUUUUUAUAAAUAUUCUUAGAUGUACUCUUAAUAAUUUAAUUAUUGAUUUAUGCUUUGACUUUACUGACUUUAUGCUGAUAUUGUAAACUAUAAUUUUAUCUCAAAAACAGAUAUCAAUGUGUAUAUUUCCAUCACCAACGUGUCACAAUUACAAGCUAAAUUGCUGUCACUUUCAAGAAGUUACAUGUCUUGAUGCUAUUAUUCUGACCGCAAUUGUGUUAUGUAUAUGGCUGCUGGCAAUGACACAAAUUGCUUUUGUCUGCUCACAAUUUGCAUUUGCCAGAGUUCCGUAGUUUCGGUGGGGAUGAUGGCACCUACACCUACUCCUAAUUGAAUGUCGAGCAUAAAAUUAUGUCAGCUGACUGGAGGAAGAAGAGAUAGCGAGAAUGCGGGGAGGAGGAAGGGGCCUCUUCAGUAUUCUCCACAAUGAUGAUGGAGAUAAUGAUGAUAAUGUUGACUGUAGUUAGGGCGCAGUAUGUGUAGUAUGUGGGCGUUCGGAUCACUUUACAACUAGAAAAUUAGAAAACUGACAUCGAAGAGCAUUUAUCUAAUUAAGUUGUCUGUGCGCAGAGCCAUAAAGUUCUUGGAACUUAGCCCACUCACCGCUGCAUAGUUUGGCCUCUAAGCCGAUUUUACUUUCGCCGAACAAAUGAGCUUUUGUGUUGCCUGCGACACUUUACUGAUGUUUCACACUCCUGGGGCUGUGGGCUGCAGGUAAGCGCCAGGUAGCGCUAAAAAAAUAAAGAGGCAAAACUUUUUCGCCAACCUGACAAGCGUGAAAUUGCUGGCAGAAAUGGGGAAAGGGCGGCGGACCCGCACUUGAACUUUUGUGCCGAGUGUUUGACAUGACAACAGCAAGUAGAUAACUGCAAGGAGAAGCUGGGGAAGCUUGGGAAGCCCCCAGCACCGCAGAGAAAAGAGGUUGGAAAUCGUGGUAUAGUCGGUACUAGGAAGGGAAGCGAAGGAAUGGGUUGGGAUUGGAAGUUCGAAGCUCGCGGGACAAAUGGGCAAGCCAAGUGACGGAAGUCACGUAGACAGGAAUAGAGAGGGAAGUACAUACGUACAUACGUACGGGCUGAGCUGGAUGGAAAGCAUGUGGAGCUGCCAAAACGUGAUUGAUGAGACGAGAUCCGAAAGAGAAUAGCCAGAAACCAGCCGACGGAAUGGAUGAAGAGUUCCGUAGGGCUUUUACAGCAACGAUUUCUUAAUACCUCGUAUAGUCGGGAAAGGAAAGUUGAAACGGCCAACCUCUUAUGAAGCUUAUACUAAUACUAAUAUACUAAUACUUAUAAUAAUACUAAUAAUAAUACUUAUAAUAAUAAGAUAUACUCCUAAAGCCUGAACCAAUCUAAAUAUUAAGAUAUAAAAUAGUAAGCAUACUUUCAUUGAUGGAAAUGUGUACUCUGUUUCCUGUGCAAGCCAACACUUUAUACCCUUUCAACUAGAUGGUAUUCCCCUGGCAGAACAAGCACAUCAAAUGCGUUUAAUUAUGCUUCGGGAGGGGAACGUUGAACGUCAAUCAGCAGAGCUCUGUUUAUUUUUCAUGCAAACACCGUCGUUGUCACUAGAGACAUAUGCAAAUUGAUACGGAUUCGACUAGCAGGAGUAUUGCCCAUUUAGUUUUUCGGUAGCCAACUUACCUACGACAUCUGCCAAAUGCAUGGAAAUGUAUGUACAUGCAAUUAUUGAUGUCAAUCAAAUCAUUUAUAUAGAGAUCGGGAUCGGUCACGCUCCACGAGAACGUGGAAUGAAUAUCAAUUUAGGGCGAGGAGAGCACCAUCAUCGUGGUUUGUUGACACGCACAAAUAUUUUUGUCAAAAUCUUUCCCUCACCCCGAAUCUGUGGCAUUAGUCGUGGGCAAAUAUUGUCUUACAAAUAUUUUCCUUGACACCCAGUCGCAUGUGAGUGCCUGUGUAUGUGCCCAUCUAUCUCCCAACCUUCCAACCUCCUAACCUCCCAGCCUUCAGGUAACUGAGUUGGGGUUCUGACUUUUCUGGGGCCUCUGAUUCGCCCGCAAAUAUUUACCGCAUUAUCAUAUCUAAAUAUGUUUGUAACUGAUUCCUAAACAAACUUAUUUGAGAUAUUCGACUGGCAAUUUACCAAACCCUUCGAAAGGCGAGCCUCUCCCGAAAGCCAAUGAACCGCAACAUAAAUCACCAUUAAGCAAGAAAUAAACAAAACUGCAAUCGAAUGCAGACCGAAAACCGACUUAAUUGCACUUGGCCCAGCUGAUAGGACUGAGUGGAGGUUUUCCUUAUUUUCCAAGGGAGUUCAAUAAACCUCGAGCCUUAUGUUUGCCUUAUUGAUUGCCUUAUCACCAACUUGGAGCUUGGAAUCGGAUCGGAUCGGAUCGGAUCGACUUGGAAUCAAAAUCGACUGGGACGACGCGACGUUGCGCUAGAUUUCCCAUUUCCAUUUAUCAGCUCGCACGUACGUACAUACGUACGUAUAGGAAAAGUGCGGGGGAAAACCGCAGACGUCGGCGAUCUAUAGAUAACUUUUCGGGGUUCAAUUCCGAUUUGAACUUGGAGUCGUGGCUGCGACCUGCGUGCUGUCAUAAAUAAAUAUGUGUACGUACAUGGUGCGUUUGUGUUGAGCAUGAAAAAUUUAUUGUUCAGUGUGUUUCUUGUUUUUAUUUCGGUUUUCGGGUAUUUCUUAUUUUCAGCCAGACAAUCCAGACAAUCGUAUCAGCGUUUACCAAUUGGAUAUGCAAUGCAUCCCAGAAACGCUUUCUAUUUAUGAAAGUUACCAGUUGGCCGGGCCAAAUUGCUUUCGUGGCCAGCAACUCCAGCAGCUUUGGGUUAUAAGUUCAACUGUUCUCUGCCGCCUAAUUUAUAAACGAGAUAACGAUUUCCCCCAGAGUUGGACCAAUCAAUAUUAAUUAAGUCUUGGGGUUUGUUUACAGCAUAAAUCUUGCCGCUUGCGGUUGCAAAAUGGGAGUACGAAAAUUAUGACCAGUGAUGGUCAUAAUGUACUGUGAUGUACCUAUCUGUUGGCAGAGGCGAGCUUAAUGAAGAUCAAUUAAGUGAAAUAAUUAACUGAAUAAUUUACGCUGCAUUACAGCAUCUUGAAAGUUUUAUGUACAUAAUAGAAAUUGAAAUCUCACGAAUGUGUAGAAAUAAUAUAGAGUAGUAUUAAGGUUCUUUGAUUCCCUUCCUGGGACCAAGAGGUGAUCAUCUCUAUUGCCAGUAAUGAAUUGGAAAUAAAGUCUAAACUGCUCUAGCAAAAUGUAUAAGCACUCGUAUCUUACGGAUUAAUGCCCAGUGUUGUCGGUGGAUGGCGUAAGGGAUUCAGGGAGAUACAAAGGCUGCCACUUGUCCAAACACAUUCAUUGAUUUACCCAGCAGCACUCGACCUGUUCCCAGUGUCCAGAGUCCAGUUGCCAGUUUCCCCCGGCCAUUCGCAACAUAUUUGCAUAUGAGUUGCCAAAAACAUUCAUUGGACAGGAUGGGAGCGCGGAGGAGCAGAGGUGUGGUGGAAGUGGUGGCAACCAGGCAGGCCCAGAGGGGUUUUCCUAUCUAAUGCGGUCAGUGCAGCGCCAUGCCAUCGUGGGCAGGGCACCAGAUACUGUUGUCCAGUUUUGCAAGAGCAAGUACAACAGCAACAGCAACGGCAAUGGCAUCUGCGUGUGUGGGCGCCAAUUGCUGCCAGGCCAUAAAGCCCAAUCCGGGCGAAUGGCUCUGGAGAAUUAAAUGCGAAAUUGUAAAAUGUAUCUCUGGCCGGAGUGCAAUGAGCUGCCACUUGAACUUAACCCGAUGAAGAACCGCAGCUGAAUCUCGGAGUGGGAAAUCGGAGAAGGAUUGGCGGAUGGGGAUUGAGACUCGCACAGACACAUAAUUCAUAUGUUCGAGGCAUUUAUCGAUUUUCCUCCCCAUUCCAGACGCAAUUCCACCCACCACCCACCAUACACCACCACCUCCUUCCUCCCUCGUCCCGUUCUCAGCUGUUGGUAGUUGGUAGUGUGUUGGCCCAGUCCACCAGAGAGCAUCCCUCUUAACGCACAAUAUUUUUUCGAUUUUGCAACAGACGCUUGCCACACAGAGCAUUCCCGCCAUCCAUCCUCCCGCACCCUCGUUCUGUGGCACUCCUCUGGUUGCCUGCUCAACCCCUGCCCUUCAUCCAGAUCCCCAACCCUCGGCACAAGUUGUGAGCAUCGUCAUCGUCAUCUAACGCGGCUCUCAACAGCUUCACUUUAUUAUAUAUGUAUACCCCAUAGUGUAUUUCGUGCACAAGAACAUAUUUCUGGCGUUUUUGGGCAGAAAAAACUAAUUCACCUAUUCAAAAAUAAUAUAAUACGCUGAUAUAAGACUUAUUGGUUUAAAAACAAAUAUUUUGAGAAGGGUAUAGGAAAUAGGAUUGUUUUAAUAUGAUGAUGAAAAGUAUUCAUGUUUAACAUAAGAUGCCUUAAAUGCUGCCUUAUUAAAAAGUAGUUUUCAGUCUUCGAAAUCUAAUGAUACUUUUCUCUUAUUGAUUGCUUACAUAACUUACUUCAAUAAAAAAAGAAAAAUGAAUGGGUGUGUUGACUUAAUAACAUUAACUCAAUGGAUAGCCGUGCUCCCAAACAAAAUUUGAUGGGUGGUUACUAGAUGCUCUUUUCUUACGUAUGGAUGUAGCUUGAGCCAAUCCAUAUGCCCAGCACUAUUAAUGGAUGUUUUCUCCAAGUGCACUCGUUGUCGCUGGAUCUGUUGUUUGUUUGACUCUCUGCGGUUGCCCAACGCAGAAAUGUUGUUUUGACGGGGCCAAACGCCGAGACAUCGGGAGAAGUGGCAGAGGGCCUGGGAGUUAGUGGGUUUUCCGAGUGGGGUGGGUUUUCCAUUGGGCUGAAGUUGAGCUAAAAUAAAAUGCCAUAAAAUUCUGAAGCGGGGACCCGGGACAGAAGUCAAAUGGCAAGUGCUUUCGGUUUUUCCUGCUCCUGUUCCUGCUGCUUUUCCGGCUCAUCUUUUUGCUGAAUGCUGAUGAUUCAUAAUGGGCACACUAUGCGUAGUGGGGAAAUUUGCGGUGCAUAUUUAAAUACAGACAACAAUACACAAUAUUUAGGCAGUUAAAUGUGAUUUAAACGCUGUCAGCUGAACAAAAAUCGCACUUAUCGGAAAUUUUUUAUACACCUUUAUGGCCACUCGAUUUGUACUUAACAGACAAGAGUUAUGCUUUUUCCCCUUUUCUUUUGUUUUAGGGGCGACCCUGGUCGUAAAUAAUAAUGCAUGUCAAAGUCAGAUGAUUUACGCUGCUUUGAUGGCAUUUUUCAUUUUCAUAAUUUGUUGCCAACUGGAGCGCACAAAUAUCUGGCUUUUAUUCUGUCUUAUCAAAAACUGCCCCGUUUUUUGUGUGGGUGUUUGGGCCAAAACAAAAUGGGGGGGAAAUAUUUGUAAAACUUUUAUGCCCUUAAAAUUAAGUUAGCCAAAGUGUGUGUCUGCUCGGAGGUGUGAACGCACUCAGGUUGAAUUAUGGGCUGCUUAAAACUUGCUUUAUGAGAAAAACUACAGAACUCAUUAUUCAUUAAUUGGAUUUCUCUUUUCUCCAUUCUCGUUUGCAGGUGAGUGCACAAAGCAACGAAAGUAAAUUUGAUAAUGAGAAAAUUAUGAUGAUAAAUGUGCAAACAACAUUUUCUCACCCGCUCACGUAAGUUUCAAAUGGAGAAAUGUUAAUGAAAGAAAAGUUGAGCGAUCAAUAUUCUUAUUUUAAGUUUUUAUGGCUUUCGAGUGAAUUCUUUGCAUGUCUGAAUUCCAAUAAAAUAGAACAUUAAAACGAAAAUAGGAAAUCCAAUCAAAGUCAUGAAAAAUAACAUUAUUCAAUCGAACAAUAAAUAACAAAACGGUUGACAGAUACCGAUUUUGAAUUUGGGUUUCAUCAAAUAUAAAUCAACAAAAUGUAAUCUCCUGUUAUUCUGAAAUAUUCCGCCCAACUUCGCGCCCCUUCAUUUGCAUUUGCCAAUUUAAAUUUGCAUUUCGGUUAGCUAAACUUUAAAAAGUGCUCCUUUUUGCGCGAUUAUGCCCCACUAAGUAUGCACUUGUUAUUGCGGUUGGCUGUCAUUAUCCCCGAUAAAAUUAUGCGACACAUAAAUCGACGUCAAGUGCAAUUAACACUUUCUGAAAUUGACAUAAAUUUGAUCGAAUCGAAAUGAAACCCGUUUCAUUUUUGGCAUACGUUUUUCGAUGGGCUGUUAUUAUUAUUAUUGUACACGCUUAUUUAUGAAGCUCAUAUCGUUAGGCGAAAAAUUCAAUUAACAGCCUAAACGUGGGCAGGCGCCAGUGCCAGUCGACCAAUUCGUGCGUGGGAUGCAACUGCAAAUGCCACUGCAAUUGCAACUGCAACCCAAAAAUGCAACUGCAUUUUCCAGCUGCCCCAGACGAGUUGCAUAAUCCCAGUGAGCCAAACCCACUUGCACUGAUAUGCAAAAAAAGAGCUUUGAUUAUGAUGGUAGCUCCACUCUCUCUUUUGCCUGACAGGCUGUUCACUCCAAAUUAUUAUCCGCAAACUACAGUCGAACCUCUUUUGAAGCGAAAUACCUGUUAGAUAGACAUAUCACUAACUAAAUGUCAUUUUUGUCAAGGUUGUGCACUUGCUGAUGAAAUAUUUAUUCCUUGUCAGUUACCUCGCAUUUCUGACUGCGAAUGGUCUGAGUUAUUGGUGUCUACCUGUUGUUGGAAAAUUAGGGAAAUGUCGCUUCAAAUUAGAGCUGUCAACUAUGGCAUAAGAUAAAUUGAAAUGCUUUCAAAUCGCUCACAUUUCACUUAAAUCACGGCAGAUAAGUUGGAUAUCCAAGCAGCUGUAUUUUCUGACUCAGACAGUGGAAAAUAAAUUCAAUGCCAGACGCCAGCACCCUAUUUUACAUACAUUAUACUCGUACAUACAUACAUAGUAGAUGCCUCAACAAACCAAUUUGAGACCCAGACCACGUACUUGGCGCGUUGUUCCUGCCGCUUCCUUUAUUUCCAUCCAACGUAAGUUGCCAAUAUUAAACGCUUCGAUGGAUUUUAUGGAGCAUAAACAGGAAAUUUGAAGAAGAAUGUCCAAUUUGCCAUGGCCAAAAGCGAAACAAAGAAGCGGCGACAAGCCGAAAGAAAUAAGAACCCCGGACAAGAAAAGGGGAAAGAAAGUCUGGCCCAAGGAUUGGCAUUUUCUUUUGUCACUUACAGGAAACUCUCCAUGGCAAAUUGGCAUUAGGAAAAGCGAGUUGAAAUACCAGAAGGCGGAAAACUGUUGAAAUUACUCCUCCUUUCUCCAAUGUCCAGCUAUCCAGCUGUCGUAUUCUCCUAUUCUCCCCUCCUCUGUCAUUGUGCUGUGUGCGGUCGUUGCAGAAACCAUAAAACAUUAAUUUCAAUUGGAACUGCUCCCAAAGCAGGGAUAGGUUGGGUUUGGAAACGAUAGGAUGGAUAGGCAUAGGAUAGGAUCCAUUCAGUCGGCCAUCCCGCACACAUGUAACCCGAGUGGCAAAUGAACUGCAAUGCCAGAGUUUAUGUUCACGCACAGCUAAGGUCAAUGUAAUAUAUACGACUAAAUGAGAGAUCAGUUUAAUAUUUGUAUCUGACUUUGAGGUUUCUUUUGGGUUACAUUUCUUAUAAUAAGUGUUUUAUAAAAUUAAUUAGGUAAUGUAAUGAUAGUAAACAAAGUGAAUUUUUAAAUCUUCUGUAAAUCAUAAAUGAAUGGCAGACGUAGCUAGCACUUUGACCGCAGCUGUGCGAACAUAAGCGGGCGAUGGUAAUACGAAAUUAAUUUGUUAGACAACCACCGACAGCAUAAACGGUAACCGAAACAACAAAAACCGCCUGGGAAAAGUUGCAGACCGCAGCAGCUGUUUGGAAAAGACAAACAACAACAGGACGCAGCAACAUAUGUUAAUUAAAGAAGUGUUUGUUUCCAACUCAGCCAACUCAAUCGAGUCCGCUUUCACAUUGCAUUUUGGCUCUAAUCAGAGCAACCGCGGUGACUCGACACAAUCCGGGAUAUGCAUUUCGCCGCAAUGUGUCAAAAUCUGUCGGCGGCACUUAACCUGCACAUAAGUCAGUGUCGGGCGGGCGGACACUAUUUCUGAAUUUUCUGGAUAUUGUGGAUAUUUUUGGAGAGUGCUUCCGACACCUACAACAACAGCUGCCAACUUCCGCUUGGUUUUGAUUCAAUUGCUGAAUUAUACGCAUACAUAAACAUCCUUAGUUCUUGCGGCAAACUUCCUACUUGAAAUCCUUGUCAAUCGACGUGGACCUGGACAAGUCGAAGUUGAUUCCCAGACAGGUCCCCCAGGAACGGACAUCUGUUCUCUGGGACAUCUGUCGGUGUUUUCCCCGACUUUCUUGGGGGCGUGGUAUCUUCGAUGUGCGCUAAAGAACCAUUCAAAACAGGCCCAAGCGAUUGUAAAAUGCUAAUAAUAAUUGGGAAAACUCGCCACUACAAAGUCUCGCUGGGUACUUCCUGUAGGAGGUAGCGCAUAUGCUUUCGAUAAAUCAUAAAUUUAUAUUCUCCAGCGCUCUUUGACACUACGAUUUAUACCCGAUUUUCUUGGGGGAGCGGCCUUCAGUGUUUCUUUUUUACGCAUAUGCAUCCAAGAAAACUUCAAACGAGGGGCAGGAAAAUGUGUGCCGCAUCCGACUGUGAAAUCCAUGGAUCAAUUUGAAAGUUUAACAACUGGCCAUUAGCACUGGGGCGAACUAUUUCUCAUUUCCAUCGUUCUCAUUUCGCUGUGAGCCCAUAAAAUAUGUAACAUGAAAUGAAAUCCAUAUUUUUACUGCCAGGGGAUUAUGGUUUGUCAAAGCGCAGCGAUGCAUAAGUUCAUAGAGCAGACUAGAAUCGGAAAACAGGCAAAAAAAAAAGAGAAAAUUUUAAGGGGAUAUUUACACAAACUACUGUGGCACACGUCCCCGAAGGAAAACUACCCUUUAAAAGGGAAAUUGGCAUAGGGCCCGGAUCAUUAUGAGUCUCGGAAAAUGCACUUUAAUCCAUCGCCAGGCAAUCCCAUCAGUGAAUCACCCUGUCGCGACUGGGAAACUGAUUUGCCCCUUUGGAAGUGAAACAAUAUAUCCAGAUCGGGAUGAAUAGCAAAAUCCAGACAUUUCGUAAUAAAGCCACUUUGAUUCACGUAUGUCAGAUGUUGAUAGAUUGAGUAGGAUGACCUUUAUUGGGGAAUAUUUUCCAUACACAAACUCCGACCAAAUGUGUUCAUUGACACGUAUAAUAUUAUUUGUGCAGAAAUCAUAAAAUGUCUAAAAUGUCGGGCCAAAAAAAGUUAUAAACUAACUAAUAAUCUAGUUUACAAAACACUGUGAGCAUGAAGAGAUUUUACACUACGAUAACUCUAAUGGCGGAAACAAAUUACUUUCAAAUUAGAAACGAAUUAGAAAACAAUUUAACAUGACUUCAUAUUAAUUUUAUUAAUACGUAAAAAAGUAGAUAGUGAGUAAUUUACAAUAUUUAUACGGCAGUCUUUCUGUAAUGAGGUUUACAAUGUUUAGAGUGUUUUGCACUUUAUUAUUGGCUUUGGAGCUCCGCGGACAAAGUAUUACCCGACAUACAAACGACAAGUGUGAAGUAUUGGACAAAUCGUUCGUAGAGUUCCCUAUUUGUAAUCUCAGUUUGGGUCGUGGUAUAAUCGCAGAGAACGUGUACAUAAAAAUCCUGAAGCUACCAGUUCAAAAAAUCUCUGUUAACUUUGCUGUCUAUAAGAAGUUGUCGGGAUAUCAUCCGUUUUUAUUCAAUGUCACGGUGGACUUAUGCCACUAUAUGAAACAUCCCAAUCCUAUAAAUAUUGUCCAUUACUUUCACAUCGCUUUGAAGCCCUUUAGUAACUUCAAUCAUUCUUGUCCUUAUAACGUAAAUAAUAAUUAUCACGAUAUAGUUGUAAAGGACUUUGCUUUGACCGAUCAAAUGUUCGCGAGAAUUCCCCUUCCAAUCGAAAACUACAUGUUUAGUAUUGAGAUGGCCAUUAAUACGUAUUUUGACGUCAAUGUGGAUAAUCAAAAUUAA